AUGUUUGAUUCUGUCUUCUCUGAUCCUCCCCUUCUUCUACUGUCCCCAAUCCAUCUGCUGAUAGAACAGAGCCUUAAGGGCAAGGUGCGCAUGCUCAGUUUUUUGGGGGUAUUUUUUGGGAGAGUGCAUGUGAUCAGCACAGGGCCAAUCAAGCUGUCUAGACAGAGUGUCAGGGGUUAUGCAGCCUCAUAGGACAAUCAGGGGAGAAUGAAAACUCUUCCUGCAAGAUUUAACCAGUGCUCUGAUGAACACUUAUAGAAGUCACAAGACUGCUCUAACCCCUGAUGAGAAAGGUAUUUAGCAGUUUAUAUUUACUAA